GAAGAGGAAUGUAUAGUACGGGAAUACAAAUUACACAGUCAAUAUCAGCCAUUCGUCGCGUUUGGAGUUGUUAACAUUUAACAGACCUGCGUGCCCGCUCAGCUAUUCUAAACAUCAUCUGCAAACCAAAGGCUCGCGGGAGCGAUCCAUGACCUUGGUUUUAUCAUUUUGUUAAUUCCUCGUGAUGCGUGUUACGCACACCGAAACGUAACUCACUUACUUGUAUUGAAAAGAGAAGAGAAUAGAAGACAGGAGAAGAGAGGAGAGGAGAGAAGAGAAGAGAAUCAGCAAGAACUGCAUCGUAGGACGUUACGUAAGUUGCAUCCAACACCAAGGUGAGCGAAGAGUCAUUUGUCACGAUGUCGAGCCCUCGUCUGCUGAACGCCGUUAUCGUUAACUGGUCAAAAACAAGUGGGAAUGGAAACGGAGGGUGUUGGCCGGCCGGUUCAGUCGGCGCGCGUAUUCGCUCCGCGUCUGUCAUUAACCGUCGCGCGAUGGCGAGCGUCGGUGUUUCCAAUUCUCAGGGCAAUCAAAAAGUAUUAACCAUAAACAAUGUCAAUCCAAACCUCAAACGGAUGGAAUAUGCCGUUCGCGGACCUCUCCUCAUACGUGCCCUCGAAAUCGAAAAGGAACUCCAAAAGGGAGUCAAGAAGCCAUUUACCGAGGUGAUCAAAGCCAAUAUUGGAGAUGCCCAUGCCAUGGGACAGAAGCCGAUUACCUUUCUUCGUCAAGUUUUGACUUUAACCGUCACCCCUGAACUUCUAAACGACCCGAGAUACCCUGAAGAUGCUAAAAGCCGAGCCAGAGUUCUCUUGGAGGGCUGCAAAGGUGGCAGUGUUGGAUCCUACUCUGAGUCUGCUGGUAUUGAAAUCAUUCGAAAACAUUGUGCUCAGUAUAUCGAAGAGCGCGAUGGAAUACCAUGCGAUUAUCAGAAUGUUAUUUUAUCUGGAGGUGCCUCUGAUGGUAUCAAGUCGAUCUUGAAGCUGUUUAUUGAGGAAAUUUAUGGAAAGCCAUCCGGAGUGAUGGUCCCAAUACCCCAAUAUCCACUGUACUCAGCUGCGCUAGCAGAGUUCGGUCUGGCACAGAUUGGAUAUUAUUUGAACGAGGAAAAUAAGUGGUCAUUGGAUACAAGUGAAUUGGAAAGGGCAAUAAACGAGGCUAAGGUUACUUGCACUCCUCGUGUCUUAGUUGUUAUCAACCCUGGAAAUCCAACGGGACAAGUAUUAACCAGAAAAAAUAUUGAAGACGUCAUUCGAUUCGCCCAUAAGCACAAUCUCUAUCUAAUGGCAGAUGAAGUCUACCAAGACAAUGUAUAUGACAAAGACAGUGCUUUCCAUUCAUUCAAAAAAGUCUUGGUUGAAAUGGGAGAGCCGUACUCGAAAAUGGAACUCGCGUCUUUCAUGUCCACAUCUAAAGGAUACAUGGGCGAAUGUGGUCUGCGAGGUGGAUAUUCAGAAAUUCUGAAUAUGGAUCCAGAAGUAAAAGCGAUCUUGCUUAAAUCAAUCUCUGCAAUGUUGUGUCCAACGAUUUUGGGACAAGUCACGAUGGAUGUGGUGGUCAAUCCACCGCGACCAAACGAACCGUCGUACAAACAGUUCCAGGAAGAGAAAGCUAACGUUCUCAAAUCCCUUGCUGAAAGGUCACGCAUGGUAGUUGACACCUUAAAUAGUAUCAAGGGAUUCAAGGUAAAUCCGGCAAUGGGUGCGAUGUAUGUCUUUCCCCAAUUCACACUGCCCGAAAAAGCCAUCCAGGCAGCAAAAGCCGAGGGAAAAGCGCCGGAUGUAUUUUACGCAUUUAAAUUAUUGGAAGCUACCGGGAUUUGCGUUAUUGCUGGAUCAGGUUUUGGACAGAAACCCGGAACAUAUCAUUUCCGUACGACCAUUUUACCCCAGAAGGAUAAAAUUAAGACUAUGCUUGCUAGUCUGAAAGAAUUCCACGAAAAAUUCCUUAAAGAGUAUAGCUAAAUGAAAUCUGUUGCUGUGCAAGCUAGACUAAUAACUAAGUGAUAAUUUAUUAUGAUAUUUUAUAUACCGUUAUAUACAUAUGUAUAUAAAGUUGUAAAUAUGGUCAAAAAAGAGUGUUGGUCAAAGAUAAGUAAAAGCUAUUAUUGAUAACUGAUCAUUACAAAAAAACAAAAUUCAAACACAUAAACCAGUUUUAGUUGAAGUAAUAAAGCAACCAUAAUGAGCAAUAGCAAAAAUGA